UCUCUGUACUUUUUUAUUUUUUAUUUUAUUAUAACUUUGUUUCACAAACAAAGGUAGCAUACAAAUCAUUACAAAACCAUUUCACAUGUAUAUUCUACACCAGGGGGAGAAAGAGACUAGUAUAUUUAAUUGUUCACAAAUGUUUUUUGUUGUUAGAAAAUUUAAUGGAAACAAUGUACUGCCUGAGCUCACUGUGAAAGGCAACAAAAGAUGGCUUUCUUUGAGUAAAUUUACAUUCAUGAAUAUGAAAUUUCGCCACCAGUAUGAUGAGAUUGAUAAUAAAUGUUUCGUUUAAUUUUUCUCUAUUUUUGUUAAAGUCAAAGAACACAAACAGUACAUCCCUCCAAAACAACUUAAAAUCUUUAUCAACAUUUUUAGCAAUAAAAUUACAGAUCCACAAACUUUGGACAAAAUUUAAAAAAUGAGUAACUGUUUCAAUAUGUUCAGAACAGAAAGUGCAUUUCACAUCAAUAUCUUGUUUGAAUCUUCUAACAAUUUGAUCACUGGAUGGAUAAAAUCUAUGAAUUGUUUUUAAAUGAUCUCACUUUAUUGGUUGCUACCUCUCUGUACGUUACAAACGUUAAAAAAACCGUUGCCAGGGCGAUGUUUUUCUUUAAAUUAUUAAGGAAUUAGAACGUUGCGUCUACCCGUUGCCCGGCAACGCGUCGAGUAGCGGUUGUCAUAGGAACCUCUGGUCCAGUGAAAGCCAGCACGCACAGACUGUCGGAACGUUCUAGAACUCUCGUAAGAUGUCUGCACUUCCUGCGAAGCCUGGCCUGCGCCACAAUGUGUCAGAGUGGAACAGCAACAACCACCAACUGUCUGACACCGCAGAGCAUGAGCGAUAUGUGUCUAAUGUGAUCCGGCAGGAAGGGAGGUCACUACGCAACGAGACCAACUGUAAGACAACCUGGGAUGAAAGCGACACCUCUCGCAGGCUGAGCGACCGGGUCUGGGAUGUUGCUCGCUGGAAAGACACGCUAGAGAUCUGUGCACAGAAAGUGGAUGAGGAGAUGGAGGCUCUGACGCUGUCAAAGGAGCAAACCGAGCAGGCGCUCGCUGCGACUGCCGUUCCCCUGGAAGUCAGCAGUGAAUGCUUGACGCUGCGUGACGGACGGCGAGGGUACGAGCUCGUCACUGACCCCGUCCACGAGCAGCUGAGGAAAGAAGUGGAGCUGAUUGAAAGAGUGCAGCAGGUUCUGCAGCAGCACAUAGACAAGGCCUUCGAGCAGCUGUGUGUUUUGCAGGAGGCUCGACAUCAACUGACCGCUGACCUCCAAAACAAGAUGGACGCGCUGGACAUUGAUAUGACCUGCCUGUCACUUACAAAAAAGUCACCGCAGAUAUCCCUGAAGACCAACCCGACUCGCAUACCACCAGGUUCAUCCACCCCUCAGGAGUGGGUCCAGUUCAGCCAGUAUAAUGUGGCUUGUGCCGAGGAGGCCAUGCACUUGUCCCAGCAAAUGAGAGAGGACACGAGUCUCACCAGAGCCCAGCUGCAGAAUGAGUUGGACACUCAGCGCAGAGCCACAGAGUUUGCUCUCCGUAAGCGUAAUCACCAUGAAGAGCAGGCACGCGACGAGCUGGAGUGGCAGAUAAAAAAUACUGAAGAUGAAAUGGCAGAAAUGGAGAGCGACAUCCACGGACUGGAUGCAGAUCUGCAGGCGAAGACGGCCUCCCUGAAACUGGCUCACACCCGAUUGGAGAACAGGACCAACAGACCUGGCAUGGACCUGUGCAGAGACGAGGUGCAACACGGCCUUGUUGAUGAAGUCCAUCAGCUGGAGGCAACAAUCAUGGCGCUGAAACAGAAACUUUCCGAGGCUCAACACUCUCUGCAGAAGAUGAAGCUCCAUCACUCUCGCAUGCUGCAGGAUCUUUCCAGAAAACAGGAAGCUCUGUCUCUGGAACAACGAAGCAUGAACACCCGUACUCGCCUUAAAUCUCCGUCCUGCACCGAUAAAACACCGGUACUGCUGGUUCCACUCACCAACUCGAGCGGGAGGAGCAACCUGCAGCUGCUGGCUCAGUAAGACGACGGGAUCCAGAUUUUGAAGGGAAGGGAUGUAACUCGACAAAUAGACUUGAUUGUGUGUGGUUAAUUUGCUUUUACGUUUGUUUUGUUGAAUUACCAAGGAUGUACUUUACCUGUGUCUGUUUCCUCUAGUCUAUAUGUCUGUUUUUCUGCAUAUGAGUUUGUCUGUUUGUAGAGUUUAGUCAUUGUCUGCAAAAAUUCCCCAAUGAAAGCGCUCACAUUCAUGCCUGGUAUUUUUUUUUAAUCUACCAUUAGCUUUAAUGGCUUUGUUUGGCUUCAUCCUGUUGUUUGAUCAAGUGACGCCGCUUGGAGCAUGAAGACGCGAUAAUGCCGUGAACUUUGACUCAUACAGUAUACGCGGUGUAGAUAAAAAUAGUGAUAAAUAGGUACUAAACACAAUCACACAGACAAUAAACCCUCCGUAACUCUCACAUGCCUGAGUUGAAAUGUCUUCAAAUGGAUGUCGACAACAGAGAAAGAUCUGUUUUAAAGAAAUGUUUGGACUGUGCUCUGAAAAUGAAAAAGUCUGUUCAGAAAAAUGUUUUUGAUUAUAGCAGUAAAAUACUGUAUGAUACAAUUUUAUGCUUGCCUGUAGAGUGCAAAUAACUGAAGGACUUGAUUGAAGUUGAUUACAAUCAGUACCUGCCAAUUAAACGCUGUCUUUUUUCCCUGUAAUUAGUACCAUAUUACAUAAUUCUUAUUAUGAAACAUCUCAGAAAGGGUACGGAGUAUUUCAAAGUUAUGGACCCCCUAAUAAAAACCUUCUGUGAGUCCUAGACAUUGUUUUGUUUCACUCACAAAGCUCAGCCUUAAUAUCAAAGACGUGGAUCAUCGGUGGACCUGAGGCCUGGUUGCUCAAACAAGCCACACUUACCUGUCAAAGCUGCCACAUUCUUAAUCCUGCAUAACUUUAAGCCUUAAUAUAAUCUCAACAGGUGAGUUGUAUAUAAAUUCACCCUCAGUACAGUUGUCAUGAACGGGGAAAUUAGCUACAGAGACCAAAACUGUUUUUUGUACGAGGUUGCUGCUUGGUUGAGACCAAAAACUAAAGCUAAAAGACAGUAAACAUUGGACAUACAUUCAUCUAGUGGACAGAUAAAGUUGCUCCGUUACUGCUGGAUGUGUGAAUAAGCAACAAGUUUGAAAACUCUAAAGGUGUUGUGUUCACAACUUGAUGCUGCUGCCCUCAAGGGGCCAAAAAAAUAUUGUAGGUUUAAGAUUUUGGUUCGUGGUUAGUAUUUUGGCCUUUUAAAACCAUGAGAAACAUUAAUUAUAGACCAUCAUACCACUGUCCUUAAAAGACCUUCCGCAAUGUCAGGAGAAAAAUAUGAGAGGUAAAUAUAAAGACUGUACAAAUGUCACCUCAGCUAAUAAAUAAGGUAAAUAUAUAUUCAUUACUUUGCAAACAUUCAUUUUACCAUAUCAGAGGAGUAACUAUACACACAUUUGUUUUGACCAUUGGAUCAACAGACUAAUCAAACAGCUACCAGCCGUGUUUUGAACUGCUCUUUUCUUGGAAAAACAUUUCAUGGUGUCAUCAUUCUACGCCAAUAAAAUGCCUCUGCAACAACUCACAGAGAUUUUCUGCUCCAUUUUCUUCACCAACAGCACACACCCACAUUCACACAUAAACACACACACUAAAUAACUCAUUCUCCACCAUAAAACUGUGAGAAGCGCCUCCACGCCACAAACAAGUCACCGUUUUCCCAAAGCCCAACCCAUCCUGUCCUCGCAUCGACCAUCAGCUCCAGCACAUUUAUGACUUUACUGCCUGGCCCUCCAGUUCAUUUGGAAAGCCUCAGCUUUAAGGGGAUUGCCAUGUGCUUCCUGACAUGCUGAAUUAUUCUGAAUCAUUUCACUUAAGAGCCCAGAUGCUACCUGUCUGUUGCCCAUCAUUGAGAGGGUAAUUAAGGCGGACUGGUGCCUGCUAAAUGCCCUCCUACUUCUGCAUGACUGGAUGCGUCUCCUUAUCUGCAU